AUGCGGGCGAGGCGCCCCGGGCGUGGUCACAACAUUGCUCUCGUUGCGUCUCGACCGCCUCUGUCGCCGGCACGUGCGGACCGCGCGCGUGCACGGGUGCAGGAGCUGUUUGGCCAGUCGUUUACAUUUACGGCGUGGUCUCGUCGCGCACAGGCUGUUUCGCCAUUUCCCCUGCAUUCUCAUGCUGUGAGGAGCCAGGAUCGCCGUAAGAGACCCUCGGAAGAGCCCGCAGCUGUUGACGCUGCAGCAGCCUCCUGUGGCGCUGCGUCCGCUGGGAGCCUGGAGGAUAACUGGAGACACAUGAUCUUCAGGAGCCUCACGCGCCAGGCCGUGGCCGUGGCGGCCUGCCUCCUCGCGCUCGCGGCGGCCCCAUGCUGUGCCGCCGCAAACACUCUCACCGUGACGCCGCCGGCCGACAGCGAGCCGUACGUCCUGCAGCAUCCGGACGGGCUCGACAAGCGUGGCGUCUGGACGUCGUCGUGCCGCACGCACAUCGUGGCGCAGAUGCUGUAUGCGGAAGAGAGCCCGGGCGUGUUCCUCGAGUGGGGCGAGGGGCGCGGCGGCGAGGCCGAGUCCGUCACCCUCGCGCUCGAGAAGCGCCACGGCUGGACCGGCGUCGUCGUCGAGGAGGACGACAUUCCAUACAAAGUGCUCUCUUCGCUGAACCGACGAGCGUACGCGGUGCAGCCCGGGCCAGGAAGCACGGUGAAGCAGGUCCUCGAUGCGCUGCGCGUGCACAGGCUCGAGCUCGUCGUCGUGCACGCCGCCAGCGAGGAGCACGCAGCGCGGCUGUUCGCGGACGCGAAGGACCUCGGCAUGGGGACGGUCACCGUCAUCAUGGUUGCGUUCGCGUUCGACAUCGACGACAGCCGUCCGGCGAUGCAGGCGCUCGACGCGCACAUGGCGGACGCGGGCUUCGACCGCGGGAACACCUCGUUUCUGCGCGACCGCAUAUACACGAGCGGGAUGAUCUCCGGGCUGGCGCGGGGGGUCACGAACGAGCCGUGGGCGGUGAUGUGCUCCCGGACGAUCGGCACGACGCGGCCGGUGGCGGGGCGCGACGAGCGCGCGUGGCUGUUUGCGCGCGGGGUGCCGGAGGUCGACCGGGCGGUGCGGGGCAUGCGCACGAACAGGGACUUGCUGGAGCAGCUGCGCAAGGUGGUGGAGGUGCAGGUGGGGAGCGCGGAGACGCGCGGGCUCGCGGCGGGGAGCUCGGCGGUCGAGGGCGUGCCGGUCGGCGAGGAGAGCAUGGGCAAGCUCGAGAAGUCCCCGAUCGCCUUCCGGCCCAAGUCCCUCGACGGCUUGACGGCCAUGCGGUCCACGAACCCCGAGCAUCCCCUAUUCGCGUGCUACAUCAAGGCACAGUGCAAGGCUGUCCAGGAACACCCCGCAAAGCUGGCCCUGGACGCCCUGCUGGGGCGCGACGUGCGGUUCAUCCAGCUCGGGGCGCACGACGGCGUCAUGGUGGACCCCCUGAGCGCGGCGGUGCGCAAGGCGCCGUCGUGGCGCGGCGUGCUCGUGGAGCCUAUGUUUAAGAUGUACUUCAACUUGCUGAACAACUAUAAGGAGGACCUGCACCGGCUGAGACUGCUCAACGUGGCAGUGACGCCGGACGCCAAGCAAAAAACGCUGGACCUGCACUUCGUGGACCCCGAGAGCCUCCGCACGCGGACCAUUACCGACGACGUCGAAUGGGUGACCGGGUUGUCGUCCGCGGAGCUCGCGUUGCCUCUCUCGGGCUUCACGCACGCCGUCCGCACCAUCCCCGUGCCCGCGGUGCCCCUGCGGGAGGUGUUUGCUGAGUCAGGCCUGGGGCGGCUGGACGUGCUGCAGCUGGACAUCGAGCGGCUCGACUGCCCCGUGCUGUGGAGCUUCCGCGAGGAGCUCAAGCAGCUGCUGCCGGCCAUCAUCAACUUUGAAAUCAGGAUUGACUUGCCGGCAUGUUGCGAGCUGGUGGAGAUGCUGACGGAGCUGCGCAACGCCCAGGGGGAGCGCAUCUACCAGUGCUACCUCAACUUCGCGGGCUUCGGGGGCGACCUCACCAUGAUCAAGGUCGCGCGUGGGUGA